GCUGUUGUCCAGCUGGUCCUUGUCCUUGUGGUGGCCAUGAACCCUGUGGUCCUUGUCCUUGUAGUGGCGAUGAACCUUGUGGUCCUUGUCCUUGAGAUGGCCAUGAACCCUGUGGUCCUUGACCGUGAGGAGGCUGCUGUCCUACUGGUCCUUGUCCUUGUGGUGGCAAUGAACCCUGUGGUCCUUGUCCUUGACUACCCGUUGGUCCACCCGAUACAGGUCUUUGAGGUUCUUGCGGCACUAUUGGACCUUGUCCUUGUGGGCCGUACGGUCCUUGAGUAGUUGGAUAAAUUGUGGUACUUUCAGUGAAUGGACCAAAUUCUG